CUUGAGAGCUACAAUAAAGUGAAAGGAUGCAAUGUUUUUCCUUUCGAAGGCAGUAAACAAAUUAACCUCAGAGGGGGGAACCUCGUCAGUUUCUCUCUGUUGACGGUUACUCUUUUAAACAACACCCUUCACUCCAUUCAGCUAAGAAAUUCCUUCUCCGCAGAAACUGAGAUAGAGAAAAUGAAGCAUCUGGUUCUGGCUCUUUUUCUUGCUGUUUUGUUCAACCAGCACCUUCUUUCUGUCCAAGUUGAAGCAAGGGAUGAUUUUAUCAGGACCAGAGGGGUCCAUUUCCUGUUGAAUGGUAACCCUUACUAUGCAAAUGGUUUCAAUGCUUACUGGUUGAUGUAUGUGGCUUCUGAUCCAUCUCAGAGGCCUAAAGUCUCAGCUGCAUUUCGUGAAGCUGCGGCUCAUGGCCUCACAGUGGCUAGAACUUGGGCUUUCAGUGAUGGUGGUUAUAGACCCUUACAGUAUGCGCCAGGUUCCUACAAUGAACAAAUGUUUAAGGGGUUGGAUUUUGUAAUAGCUGAGGCUAGAAGGUAUCGAAUCAAGCUUAUCCUGAGCUUAGCUAAUAACUAUGAGAGCUUUGGAGGAAAGAAACAAUAUGUAAACUGGGCAAGAAGCCAGGGGCAGUACCUGACAUCUGAUGAUGAUUUCUUCAGAAAUCCUGUUGUUAAGGGCUACUACAAGAAUCAUGUAAAGACUGUUCUCAACAGAUACAACAGCUUUACUGGAAUGCAUUACAAAGAUGACCCAACAAUAAUGGCCUGGGAGCUUAUGAAUGAGCCUAGAUGCACAUCAGAUUCCUCCGGAAGGACUAUUCAGGCUUGGAUAAUGGAAAUGGCUUCUCAUGUCAAGUCCAUAGACAGAAAUCACUUGCUGGAAGCUGGUUUAGAAGGAUUUUAUGGACAAUCAACUGCUCAGAAGAUGAGACUAAACCCCAACUUGAAUAUUGGAACAGAUUUCAUUGCAAAUAAUCAGAUUCCUGGCAUUGAUUUUGCAACAGUCCACUCAUAUCCUGACCAAUGGUUAUCCAGCUCAAAUGAUCAGUACCAACUCUCUUUCUUGAACAAGUGGCUCGAUGCUCACAUCCAAGACGCACAAUUCAUCCUCCGAAAGCCGGUACUCCUCACAGAAUUCGGAAAAUCAUGGAAAGAUCCUGGUUUCAGCACCUAUAAGAGGGAUCAACUGUUCAACACUGUCUACUACAAGAUAUACUCGUCAGCCAAAAGAGGAGGUCCAGCUGCUGGUGGCCUGUUUUGGCAACUCCUAUCCGAAGGCAUGGACUCUUUCAGGGAUGGAUAUGACAUAGUCUUGAGUGAGAGCCCCUCAACAGCUAAUGCCAUUUCCCAACAAUCCCACAAGCUCGACCAAAUCCGUAGGAUCUUUACCAGGAUGAGAAAUGUGGAGCGGUGGAAGAGGGCAAGAGCCAUGAGGAGGGGUCAGUGGCAUGGUGGAAACGGGGGCAGGCACAUUGGAAACUGAAGAAAGACCAUCUGUUUGCUUGUGUGAAAUCGUUAGUGUGAAGUUUGUGAGGUUUUGGAAGUGGGUUUCUCUCUUAGUGAUGAAUGUUGUUCGUCCAGGAGAGUAUAGCUAGGCAUUAGGUAGUGUAAUUCCCCUGUUAAAAGCUUGAAAGGAAAAGGAAUACAGAAGAGCCUCAGACUUUGUUCCACCAUAUACUUAAGUUUUGCUAUAAGAGAAUGGCAUCAAAAUCUAGUAAAGAGAUGUUCAUUGCCAUUCUUUCUCUUUCAUUUCAAUGGGUAGACUCUAAGAAAUUGUUCAUCAGCAAUCUCAAAGGUAUAAGUUAGUUCUUGUUUAUGAAA